AUGAAAUGUGUUAUUGAAACUCUUGUAAAAAAACACCGUCCUAGGUUAAUGGACACAGAAGGUGUUGUAGGCCGCUGUUGUAGGCGGAAUGCCGGGAUACAGAAGGGAAUUGAAUGUGUAUGUGUAAGCAACGAUAAACCGUUGCUCACGAAAAAAGUUCAGUUGAUAGUGAUGCUUUGCAAACAAUAUAUGGUUCAGCGAAAAUUCCUGUCAUUCUUUGCUCACUUUUUAAAGGUUCCUUGUCCCCCGCAUGGUUAUGAACCCAUCCGCAAAGUUUUAAAUUUAUUCAGCCUUGCUGAUCGUAAGAGAUUUGCGAACUUAUCAUUUCCAUCUAAACUUUUAUCUAAUUUAAUUGACUAUCUUGCACUUUAA